GUUUGUCAGUCAGGGGUUAGAGUUUACGUGGUGAGGUUUGGAACCGUUAAUUCGGUUGUGCACUAAUCACCAUGGUUGAAACCCGUAGUGGGAAGAGCACUAGCCCCUACACCCAAGAACAACAAGAGAAGAUGGCCGCCUUAGUGAGGGAGAACAAGGAGAGGAAGGAGCUCCUGAAGCAGGCGAAGUUGAAGGCUAUCGCAGAGGAGCAGGCGGCGAAGAUGAAAAAGUUGGAAGAAGAGAUGGAGGAGAAGAAAAAGGUUGCCGAAGAAGAAGCAGCAGCAAAAGCAGAGGAGGAAAGGAAACGCAAGGAAGAAAAUGGGGAGAGUAGUGGCACACAAAGGAGGAUGCCACGAUGGAAAAGAAGAUCAACGAGUGGAUUGCUAAUUUAUGGUUGGGGGAAGAUGAGGUGGCAGAGUUUUAUGCCCGUGCCUAGCGUCUCUCUAGGCACGUCCCUCACAGACGUGGCAGAGGAAUUGAAGGAGAGGAUGCCAGCCUGGGCCAAAAUGAAGAAGGAGAGUAAAGGACAACUAAUCUUAGUUGAUGUAGAAGUGUUCAGGAGUAGAGUAGGGGUCCUUAUAAAUUCAGGGGUUACCCGUAGUUACAUUAGCCGUAGGGCGCUGAAGAAGUUGAGACUAGGAUUGAAAGUCCAAAAAUUGGCAGACCCCAUAGUCAGUGUCCUUGCAGACAACCGCACAAUGCGUGUUGAGGACUACGUAGAGGGAGUUCAGGCGUACUUUCGCCUAGAAAAGGAUGGGAAGGUGGAGAAAGUUCUCCAUCCCCUGACUCUCCUCAUACAGGAUGACCUCCCUUUCGACAUAGUGUUAGGAAUGGAUUGGGGAGAGGCAGUAGGGGCCACACUCCACUUGAGAGAGCAUGAGUGUAGGCUCCCUAGUCCAUCAGGCGAGGUUAAGACUGCCCUCCUGUUUCAUGUGUCAGGUGUAGAUAACACUCUGGCACACUGCUGUCUCAGUGCUCCCGCGUUCGCGCGACUAGUGAAAAAGGAGCAGCUAGAGGAUCAGGUCUUUGUAGUAUAUGUUAGACCUGUCACUAAGCCUAAGGAAGGAGAUAGUACCACGGAUCCAACCAUUGCCAAGCUGCUGGAGGAGUUCAAAGAUUUGACCGAGUCGCCGACAGGAGUAGUGUCGCGACCAAUCCAACACAGAAUAGAGAUAGAGCCUGGCAGUAGAACUCCUAAGGGAGCAAUCUAUAGGAUGUCCCCUAGAGAGUUAGAAGAGCUACGUAAGAAGUUGGACGAGCUCCUGGAGAAAGGUUGGAUCAGGCCCAGUUCGUCUCCUUUUGGAGCACCUGUUCUGUUUGUCCCCAAGAAAGAGGGAGAGUUGCGUAUUGGCAUAGACUAUAGGGGUUUGAAUGCCAUCACAGUGAAGAAUGUUGAGCCGCUGCCCAUGAUAGACGAUCUUUUAGGUCGGGUGCAGGGUUGCAAGUAUUUUUCCAAGAUAGAUUUAAAAUCUGGUUACCAUCAGAUAGAAGUCCACCCUGAUGACCAGUACAAAACUGCGUUCCGGACUAGAUAUGGGCAUUAUGAGUUCAUAGUCAUGCCCUUUGGACUAACCAACGCGCCGGCUACAUUUCAGCGUUGUAUGAAUGAUCUGUUCAGACCGUGGUUAGAUAAGUUUGUAGUAGUCUAUUUAAAUGAUAUAUUAGUCUUCAGCAAGACCCUCCAAGAACAUCAGGGUCGUUUAAGGCAGGUCUUGGAGAAGCUAAGAGAGGCUAACUUCAAGAUCAACCCGAAGAAGUGCGAGUGGGCCAGGACACAAGUUUUGUACCUGGGCCACGUAUUAGACGAAGAUGGCAUUAAGCCUAAGGACAGCAAGAUGGCGGCAAUUAGAGACUGGCCGACGCCCCGCGCAUUGACAGAGUUGCGGUCAUUCUUAGGCCUAGCGAAUUAUUAUAGAAAGUUCCUCAGGAACUUCUCUACUAUCGCCGCGCCCGUGCGCAGGUUGAUUAAGAAAGAGGCAAUCUGGCAAUGGGACAAAGAUUACAUGUCUGUGCUAAAGAGACUGAAGCGCGCGUUGAUAGAGUACCCUGUCCUCAAAGUAGCUGAUCCGUCUUUGCCAUUUGUCGUCACCACGGACGCGAGUCAGUAUGGUAUAGGCACCGUGUUGCAGCAAGACGACGACAAUGGCUAUAGACCCGUAGAGUUCAUGUCAGCGAGGAUGUCCUCAGAGAAGGUAGCCACCUCGACAUACUAAAGAGAACUCUACGUUCUCAGCCAGGCAUUUGAGCACUGGAAGCAUUACCUGCUUGGGAGGCACUUCAAAGUAUACUCAGACCAUGAAACACUUAGAUGGUUAAAGACCCAGGCCAAAAUGACUCCUAAGUUUACUAGGUGGGCCGCUGAGAUAGACCAAUAUGACUUUGAGCUCAAACCGGUCAAAGGCAAGUACAACGUAGUUGCGGAUGCUCUAAGUAGGAGAUCGGACUACGUUGGAGCUAUAGUGCACUAUCUGGACAUAGGAAAGGACCUGCAGGAGAAAGUCUGACAGGCGUAUGCGCAGGACCCUAUCUAUAGUGACCUCCUCAAGAGAGUUAAGGAGGCCCCAGAGACCGAACCAAACUACCGCACUACUGAGGGACUAUUGUUUGAGAAGACUAAUGUAGUAGAGCGCCUGCGCAUCCCCAACAGUGAGGAGAUCCAUAGUCUUAUCCGAGGGGAAUGCCAUGACACAGAGGGACACUUCGGUUGGCAGAAGACUUUAGCCAAUUUGAUACGUGCGUAUACCUGGCCAUGAAUGAAAGCUGACUACAUAG